AUGGAAGGUGGGGGUUACUUUUCGCUUUAUGAGGAUUUUUUUAAAGAUGCUAAAAUAUUUUUGAAUACUAUUGAAAGUAAAAAUAAAAUAUUGGAUGUGAGUAAUAGUAGUACUACAAGUAGUAGUAUUAGUAGUGAUGAAGUGAGUGAUAUAUCUUCAAAUAAUAAUACAAAAAAAUAUGAUGAUAAUAAUUAUAAUGGUACUGGAAGAUAUUUAGAUUAUUAUUUAAAUAUAGAGAAUAAUAAGGCAGUAUGUUAUAAUAACAUGGAAGAAAGUAAUACAAUAUUACAACAUGAUAAUAAUAUUAAUAGUAUAAAUAAUAAUAAUAAUAAUAAUAGUAGUAAUGUUUUAUAUAAUGGGUCUUCAAAAAUUUUGUUAUGUUAUAAAAAUAAUUAUAAUAUAUGUUUAUCAUAUAAACCAUAUAAUGAGAAUAUAUAUAAUGAUGCAGCGAAUAUAAAUUAUUCCUUAUCAAUAUUUAGAAAAAAAGGUUCUCUUAAUACUACUUCUAAUAUAAAAGGAAAGAGGCAAAUAGAACCCAACUGGACGAAACAACAAAUAAGAGAGGCAUUAGAUUUAGAGAAGGGAAUUAAAAGAAAAACUCGUUCGAGGGGGAUAUAUGGAAAUGAUAAUAAUAUAAAUAAUUACAAUAUAAAUAAUUACAAUAUAAAUAAUUACAAUAUAAAUAAUUACAAUAUAAAUAAUUACAAUAUAAAUAAUUACAAUAUUAAUAAUGAUAAUAAAAGUAUGGGUUGGGGGGGAAUCGUUAAGUAUUUUAAUAUAUUUUCCAAGUUACCAUUUUUUUAUUUAUUUUAUCGUUCAUCUGAUAAAAAAAAAAAAAAAAAAAAAAAAAUUUAUAAAAAUGAAGUUAUGAAUGAUAUGAAUAGUUCUUUAUUUUAUAAUAACCAUUAUAAGAAUGAAAUAAAAAAAAAGAGUGAUAAUUCAGAUUUCAAAAAAAUGGCCCCCCAAAAAAAAAACGAAAAAAACAAAAGAAAUGAGAAAAAUAAUUUAUAUAAUGAUAAAAAGGAUAGUAUAAAUAUGAAUGAAAAUAAUAUUUAUAAGAAUAUGAACAAGUCAAAUCAUAUGUUGACUAAAAAUGAAAUAUAUAAAUCGACAAGUGUUAACAAUUUAGAUAUGGAUACAAAAAAGACAGAAGAAGAAUAUUUUUUAAAAAGAAAAAGAAAAAAAGAGAAUAAUAAAAAAGGGAUAUCAUAUGAAUAUUUAUUAAAACCUAGUAAACAUGAUUAUGAUGCAUUUUGUUUAUUUAAUCCAAGAUUUAAACAAGGUAAACAUCAUACAGUUAUGUAUUUACAAAGUUAUAAUGUAUCUAUAAUACCUUUUGUAAAAGCAAAAAAAUUAAAAGAAAGAGUUAAUCAAUUAUUUAGUGAAAUAAAUCCAUGGAUUCAUAAAUCUUUAACAUUAUCAAAAUUAAGAAAUUUAAAAAUUGAUCUUUUUAAUUUAAUAAAUAAUAUACCUGAAAUAGAUAUAUCAACUAUAUCAUGUGCAUGGGUAUUUUUUGAAAGACUAGUUAUUAAAGGAUAUGUGCAUAAAUAUAAUAGAAAGUUAUAUGCAGCUACGUGUCUUAUAUUAUCUUUUAAAUUUUAUCAACAUGAUGAUAUACAAAUAUUAGAAAAAUUACUUAUACACAUACAAAAGUUAGAUAAAAAAGAAAAUCUAACUCCUUCUCUUAUCUUUUCUGUGGAAUUCUUAGUCUAUCGACUUCUUGAGUUUUCUCUUCAACACACUUAUGAAAAUAUACGUCCACACAUACAUCAAUAUUUGGAGUCCAAGGAAUUAAAAUUUGAAGAUGUCUACGGCACCUCUGAAGAGAUUUAUUUAUAUUCAAAUAAAUCAUAA